AAUCCACUACUUCAACGAGCCUCGCUGUAGUUGAAGAAUUCAAGGGCGGAAUCGAAUGUAUCCAAGUUUCCUUUUUCGACACUUCGUAAGCCGCAUUCAGCGCGUCACAGCAGGUCAAACUGACAAAAUUCCAUUCUAAAACAAACGUCCAGACUUCGACGACAGAACUUUUUAUCUACCCCUCCCCUCUAAACAGUUCAAACAAAACUUCCUCUCCUGCUGUAACAUCGUCCAGUUUGAUGCGGACACCUCUUGGAUUCUUUUCUCCCUAAAAAAAAAAAAAAAAUCCCUGAUUCCCGGUCAGUCGUCUCCUGUAGGAUAAGCAAUACGAUCUGCUCCCCAACUCCAUUCUCUAUUUUUGUGCUUCCUUGUGCUGCCAAGCCCCUGACGUAAUGCUCCGUGUUAAUUAUUAGCAUGUGGGAAGCGAUGCCGAGACUCUCCUCUGCUGCUUAAACAAGAGCGACUGACUGCGGGGAGAAAAACCUCGUCAAGAUGGCCAAACACACUGACCCAGAGUGAAGGGGCACCGCUCCCCGUCCCGUCCAGUCCUGUCCUGUCCCGCGACCAGCACCAAUGCAACUGCGCCUUUAGAAAGAAGAUGUUCUCUGUGGAAAAUGCCAUCAAGACUAAAGCUGGACAGUCACUGUAUGCUGGAGGAAAGCUGAGGAAAGUUUUGUAAGCCCGAAGUGGCCAGAGGGCAGGAGAGCUCUGACGAAUACCAUAUCAAAAGCUUCAAACAGGGAAUUCCUACCACCAAGCCUAACUCCAAAACCCAAGAACAAAGAUGCAAUAUGUUGGUACCCACUAGCAAAUGAAAUCUCAAAGAGCUAUUCUCUGUCAAACCUCAAGUGAGGGCGAAAGCAAGUGUGUUUUUGUAUGGUGAGUCUCCAUUAAGCUGCAAAGCAACGUCAUUGGGUUGUGGCCAUCUCUCUCUCUCCCCCUCUCAACAAACCUGAAGUCUUGGUACCGUGAGCCUGCCCACCAGAUCAUGAUGUUUCGUGACCAGGUGGGAGUCCUCGCUGGCUGGUUUAAGGGUUGGAACGAGUGUGAACAGACAGUGGCGUUACUGUCUCUCCUAAAGCGGGUCAGUCGGACCCAAGCACGCUUCCUUCAGCUCUGUCUGGAGCAUUCCUUGGCUGACUGCACCGAGCUGCAUGUUCUGGAAAGGGAGGCCAAUAAUCCAGUGGUGAUCAGUCAGUGGCAGAGUGAGCCGAAGGAACGGGUCAUCUCUCUGGUUUUGACCCACCUGCCUCUCCUAAAACCGGGCAACGUCGAGGCCAAGGUGGAGUACAUGAGUCUCCUGCCGAAAAUCUUGAGCCACACUAUCGAACAUGGCCGGCACUUGGAGGAAAGCAGGCAGCUUCUGUCCUACGCUCUCAUUCACCCUGCAACCUCCCUGGAGGACCGGGCGAACCUCGCCCUCUGGCUCAACCACCUGGAGGAGCGGGCAGCUGCCCGAGGAGCAGGAGACUCCCUUGAGCGUGUACCUUCAUCUCACCAUGGGCAGCCUCCGCACCUCUACCCCCACCACCAGCGCUACGGGUCAGAUGACCGUCUCAAUGGCUGGCAGAGCUCGAGAGACUCUGGGCUCGGAAGUUGGCAGCAGCAGCAACAGGGCUGUGAAAACGGCCACCUCUCACUGUACCCAUCAUCCUCUGUGCCCUCCACUAUCAACGCUGUAGGUACAGGCAGUGGGACCAACACAAUCCUUUCGGGUGGGCAGCACAGUCCUCUGAGGCGUUCUGUGUCUCUGACCCCUCCGAUGAGCGGCGGAUCUAACCAGCCUCUGGGGCACGGAUGGCUCUCCCAGGAGGACCUGCGUCCCCGCGGGCCAGCCCCCGACCACGCCCCCAUCUCUCCUCAGAGCAGCGUGGCGUCCUCGGGCAGCGGAGGCAGCGAGCACCUGGAGGAACACGCUGCGGUCCGAAGUACAUUCCAUGAGGAAGGCAGCGGAAUGAGGGAUGUGCCGGCAUGGCUGAAGAGUCUACGUCUCCAUAAGUACGCUGGGCUCUUCUCCACCAUGACAUAUGAUGAGAUGAUGUCACUGACGGAGCAGCAGCUGGAAGCUCAGCAAGUCACUAAAGGGGCACGGCACAAGAUCAUCAUUAGUAUUCAGAAGCUGAAAGACCGACAAAACAUGCUGCGCUGUUUGGAGAAGGACAUUUUGGAGGGAGGGAAUCUACGUGCUCCUUUGCAGGAGCUCCACCAGAUCAUCCAGACGCCCAUUAAAACCUGCAGCACAGAGGAUUCGUCACAGCGCCACCUGCUGAGCGCAGAGGGGAAGAGCAGCAUCGCCAGCUCCCACCUGGGCGGAGGAGAGACGGAGGGCAGCUCCACGGUCAUAGCUGAGGGGGACAUCCCUGCUCAGUUCACUCGCGUCAUGGGCAAAGUUUGCACACAACUCCUCGUCUCCGGGUCGGAUGAGGAGAACAUUAGUUCCUACCUACAGCUUAUUGAUAAGUGCCUAAUCCAUGAGGCCUUCACAGAGACACAGAAAAAGAGGUUGUUGUCAUGGAAACAGCAAGUGCAGGUGCAGUUCCGGUCAAUUUCACGAAAAACUCUACUGGACUUAACAGGACAGAGACGAAGCAGCCGUUACGGUCAGUCCAACUCCCUCCCAACCACGGGCUGUGUAGGCAGCGGCGUUCCCACCCGGAGAAACUUGCGGCAGUAUCAGAUGCGGAGUUUGCCUGGUGUAAGACCUGGCAUUUUAGGUACCGCCGGCCUGUUCGGACCAACGCCCCGGAGCGGCAGCAGCACCCCUACUGGCCUGAAACAAGGCAGACAGGGUUUGUGGUUUGCUAACCCAGGGGGCAGUAACAGCAUGCCCAGCCGCACCCACAGCUCAGUUCAGAGGACUCGAUCACUACCCGUCCAUACCAACCCACACACCAUGGCCAUGUUCCAGCAAACAGAUUUACAGUUACCUGUGACUGAGCCAGACAUCAAUAAUCGUUUGGAGUCUCUGUGUCUCAGCAUGACCGAACACGCUCUGGGAGAUGGCGUUGAUCGAACUUCAACCAUCUGAGAGAAAAGAAGAGGGCGCACAGGGAGACGGCAUGCCUGACAGCCGGGGGAAAGGUCAUCAAGAGGUCACGAGCCCCUCUGUCUAUAAACUCCCCCCCCUCUCCACCUGCUCACGUACCAAUGCAAUAGCCAAUAGGAGAGGUGGGGCGUGGUCUACACAGUGCCAUUCACACAAGCAAGUUCUGUCACCAUGACUACUUCAGCGUGUUUACAUUCGAUUUUGGGAGAAAAUCACAUCUUCAGCACUUCCAUAGAAGAACGCAGCAAAGGGUCUUCGUGAAGGCAGGCCAUUAGAGGGGGUCCGUAAAUCAACGGAGACAACUCGAAGCGUUCAGGUGGCUGUCUGGGACGUCACGAAAUCCAAACCAACCAGCAGACGAAACCAGAUCAAGACAUGUAGUAACAGAUUUGAUUUCUGUACCUCUGUGCAGAUGCUAAAAAUAUUAUGUCACCGUAUGUUUACACGUUAUACUGUCAAGGAUAUCAGAACAGUAGAUGUUUUCAGGUGCGUUGUUAAAAUCCGAGGACGGUGUACAGCUUUAGGUUCCUAAACGGCUUCAUAGUUUACAAUUGUGUUUGUAUUUACUGUUUUGUUGUUCUAGUUUUCUUUUGUGCCAGCAGGAAAAAGCUGAUUUACAACACUACAAAGACAGUUAAAAGCUACGGAUGGUACUCAGAAGAAAGAGAGGGAACGUGAGAGCGGCGAUGGGAAAGGAAACAGGAAGUGAUGUGAGUGGAAGGGUCUGUGGAGGGAGCGGGGAAUUCUGAUGUAAGGGACAGAGGUCGAGGGAGAUCAGGAGGUCAGAGGAGUGGAAUAUGGGAGAAAUGCCAGCAAACGCAAGUAGAUGGAAAGGUUGAAAAGGAGCAGGUGAACACAUAGGUUAGAGGUGCACAGGUCCAGGCAGAAUAUGCAGAAAUAUAUAUAUAUAUAU